CCCUUUCCAAAAUUCCCAAGGCCUUUUCUCUCUCUCCCUCUCUCUCUCUCUCGGCACAGUCCCUCUUCUCUUCGCUAAGCCUGCUUGGCUUUUAUAUUUUUCUCUCUUCUCAUCACUCAAUCACUCACUCACUAUCUCAGAUUCAUCGAUCCAGCGGUCCAGGUUUCUCCACCAAUGACCAUGAUGACUCCGCCGCCGUUAGAUCAAGAGGAAGACGAGAUGCUCGUGCCGCAUUCAGAUGUAGUAGUCGAAGGCCCUCAGCCAAUGGAAGUAGUGGCGCAAGCGGAGCCAGCUAGUACGGUGGAGAAUCAGCAAGUGGAGGAUCCACCGUCUAUGAAAUUCACGUGGACAAUUGAUAAUUUCACUAGGUUGAAUACCAAGAAGCACUAUUCCGAGGUUUUUGUCGUUGGUAGCUAUAAAUGGAGGAUACUUGUUUUUCCCAAAGGGAACAAUGUGGAUCAUUUGUCAAUGUAUUUGGAUGUCGCUGAUUCGUCCACAUUGCCUUAUGGCUGGAGUAGAUACGCGCAAUUCAGCUUGGCUGUGGUUAAUCAGGUUCACAGCAAGUACUCGAUACGAAAGGACACACAACAUCAGUUCAAUGCAAGAGAGAGUGAUUGGGGUUUCACAUCAUUCAUGCCUCUCAGUGAUCUUUAUGACCCUGCUAGAGGGUACCUUGUCAAUGACGCAUGUGUCAUUGAAGCUGAGGUUGCUGUUCGCAAGGUUUUGGAUUACUGGUCUUAUGACUCAAAGAAGGAGACUGGUUAUGUUGGACUUAAGAACCAAGGAGCAACAUGUUACAUGAACUCUCUUCUUCAGACUCUCUACCAUAUUCCUUACUUUAGAAAGGCUGUGUACCAUAUGCCAACAACUGAAAAUGACAUGCCCUCAGGAAGCAUUCCUUUGGCGUUACAGAGCUUAUUCUAUAAGCUUCAAUAUAAUGACAGCAGUGUUGCAACUAAAGAAUUGACCAAGUCUUUUGGAUGGGAUACAUAUGAUUCUUUCAUGCAACAUGAUGUGCAAGAACUUAAUAGAGUUCUGUGUGAAAAGCUUGAAGACAAAAUGAAGGGGACUGUUGUGGAGGGGACAAUACAGCAAUUAUUUGAAGGACACCACAUGAAUUACAUUGAAUGCAUCAAUGUGGACUACAAAUCUACAAGAAAAGAAUCAUUUUAUGACCUCCAACUUGAUGUCAAAGGCUGUCGGGAUGUUUAUGCUUCUUUUGACAAAUAUGUGGAAGUUGAACGACUUGAGGGCGAUAAUAAAUACCAUGCUGAAGAACAUGGUUUGCAGGAUGCAAAGAAGGGUGUCUUGUUUAUUGACUUUCCCCCAGUUCUUCAACUUCAGCUAAAGCGAUUUGAAUAUGAUUUCAUGCGGGACACUAUGGUUAAGAUAAAUGACCGCUAUGAAUUUCCUCUUGAACUUGACCUUGAUAGGGAGAAUGGAAAAUAUCUGUCACCUGAAGCAGAUAGGAGUGUCCGCAACCUUUACACACUUCACAGUGUUUUGGUCCAUAGUGGUGGGGUGCAUGGUGGACAUUAUUAUGCUUUUAUCAGGCCAACCCUCUCAGAUCAGUGGUUCAAAUUUGAUGAUGAGCGGGUGACAAAGGAGGAUGUGAAGAGGGCAUUGGAAGAGCAGUAUGGUGGUGAGGAAGAGUUGCCACCGACCAAUCCUGGCUUCAAUAACACUCCCUUCAAAUUUACAAAAUACUCAAACGCUUACAUGCUUGUAUACAUACGUGAUAGUGAUAAGGACAAAAUAAUAUGUAAUGUUGAUGAGAAGGAUAUAGCCGAACAUCUAAGGAUUAGGUUGAAGAAAGAACAAGAAGAGAAGGAGGACAAGAGAAGAUAUAAAGCACAGGCCCACUUGUAUACUAUCAUAAAGGUUGCACGAGAUGAGGACCUUGCAGAACAGAUUGGAAGGGAUAUAUAUUUUGACCUUGUGGAUCAUGAAAAAGUUCGUAAUUUCCGUAUUCAGAAACAGACACCCUUUAAUGUUUUCAAGGAGGACGUUGCCAAAGAUUUUGGCAUACCAGUGCAAUUUCAGCGAUUUUGGAUUUGGGCAAAGAGGCAAAACCAUACUUAUCGUCCCAAUAGACCAUUGUUACCUCAGGAGGAAUCACAAUCUGUUGGACAAUUGAGGGAGGUUUCAAAUAAGACACAUAAUGCGGAACUAAAGUUGUUUUUGGAAGUGGAGCUUGGUCUGGAUCUACGUCCUAUUCCUCCUCCUGAAAAAACUAAAGAAGACAUUCUUCUUUUCUUCAAGUUUUAUGACCCUGAGAAAGGAGAACUACGGUAUAUAGUGAUUUCUUCCUUUUUACUGUGUUUUUUAUUGUUUGGGAGUUUAUUCUUUUUAUGCUUUGUAACACCAAAUUUCUUUCAUGGUGCCAGAUAUGUUGGUAGGUUCUUUGUGAAGAGUUCUGGUAAGCCCAUAGAAAUUCUAGAAAAACUUAACCAAAUGGCUGGCUUUGCCCCUGAUGAGGAGAUAGAGCUUUAUGAGGAAAUAAAGUUUGACCCUUGUGUCAUGUGCGAGCACCUUGAUAAGAGGACCUCAUUUCGAUUAAGUCAGAUUGAAGAUGGGGACAUUAUUUGCUUCCAGAAAUCUGCUCCACUUGAAAGUGAAGAAGAAUGCCGAUACCCAGAUGUUCCAUCAUUUUUGGAAUAUGUGCAUAAUCGCCAGGUUGUUCGUUUUCGAUCAUUGGAGAGACCGAAGGAGGAUGAUUUUUGUCUAGAGUUGUCGAAGGUACACAGUUAUGAUGAUGUUGUGGAGAGAGUGGCUCGGCGAAUUGGUUUGGACGAUCCAUCAAAAAUAAGACUCACAUCUCACAACUGCUACUCUCAGCAACCUAAGCCCCAACCUAUUAAAUAUCGGGGAUAUGAUCAUUUAUCAGAUAUGCUAGUCCAUUACAAUCAGACCUCAGAUAUAUUGUACUAUGAAGUCUUGGACAUCCCCCUGCCUGAAUUGCAAGGUCUUAAAAAUCUGAAAGUUGCUUUUCAUCAUGCUACAAAGGAUGAAGUGGUAAUACACAACAUCAGAUUGCCUAAACAGAGCACUGUUGGAGAUGUGAUUAAUGUAUUAAAAACGAAGGUAGAGUUGUCUCAUCCAAAUGCUGAACUUAGACUACUUGAGGUUUUCUAUCACAAGAUCUAUAAGAUCUUUCCACCCCAUGAAAAAAUUGAGAAUAUAAAUGACCAAUACUGGACAUUGCGUGCAGAGGAGAUUCCAGAAGAGGAGAAAAACCUUGGGCCCCAUGAUCGUUUGAUUCACGUUUAUCACUUCACGAAAGAGACUGCACAAAACCAAAUGCAAGUACAAAAUUUUGGGGAACCCUUUUUCUUGGUCAUACAUGAAGGUGAGACUUUAGAGGAAGUUAAAGUGCGUGUCCAGAAGAAAUUGCAGGUUCCAGAUGAGGAGUUUUCAAAGUGGAAGUUUGCCUUUUUGUCAAUGGGUCGCCCAGAGUACCUGCAAGACUCUGACAUUGUAUCUAACCGUUUUCAGAGAAGAGAUGUUUAUGGUGCUUGGGAGCAGUACCUUGGAUUGGAGCAUUCUGAUAAUACCCCAAAGAGGGCUUAUGCAGUACACCAGAACCGUCACACGUUUGAGAAGCCAGUUAAAAUAUACAACUAGGUUAGAGCUGAUGAUCCUUCACCAGCACAUUAGCUAUACUGAGUGUCCUUCAAUGUCUCACCUUGGUUACGUGGAAAUGGAGGGAUCAGAACAAGUUUUUCGGUUGAAGGAUACAAGUGAAGCUCACAUUGAGGUCCGUAAGAUUUGAUUAUUGAUUUUUAGGCUGUAUUAUUCUUUCUCCGAUGUGGGUGGCGAAGGGGAGAGGUUUUCCCUUGAUUUAGUGUAUUUAUAAUGUUAAACGCACCCUGCUUUUGCUCUGCCCUUCUCUCUUUUUCUUAAUUAAUUAAGUUAACCUCUUUGGUUUGAGGUUGGUGGCUUUUCCACAUACAGCUCCAGUGUAACUUAGCAGUACAUAAGAAGAUUUUGACAAAGGGGAUAUGUAUAUUGCGUACAGUUGGCUUUAUUUGAUUUUUUUUUUCCUUA